UUUGUGCUCUGCUUACUUCUGCCACAAGACUAUGAUCAACAUUUUCCCAUUUGGCCUUGCAUGUGAAGAUGAUUCCGAUGAAGAUUAUAAGGAAAACAAGUCAGUUUCAUGCAUAGAUGAAAACAAGAGAUCAGAGGCAGAGCAGAGAAUUAGUAGUACUAGUGGUGUUAUAAUGGAUUUUGAUCAACAACAGCAACAACAAGAGAAUAUUAAUGGUGUUGAGGUUGAAGUGGACUUUGAAAUCUGGCCAGUGGAACAUCCUAUGGAGCCCCCAGAUGAAGACAGGCCUGUAAAGUGCCCAAUGCCUGAGUCUUCUGUCAUUAAUGAUGAAGGAAGUAAGCGUGAGAAGAGACUUGCGGAGAGCUUGACGAAGAGAGCAGAGGAAUCGGCGGCGAACAAGCAAGGAAAAGAGGAUUCCGGUGCGGUUGCGGAGCGUCCGGUUCGCGCGGUGCGUAAGAGGCACCACACUCUAACCGGAGAAGGAGGGGACGACCACGACGUAAUAGUGCCGGCCUUAACAAGAAUGCCUCCUCUUCCGUCCGACAAGAAUCUCACCAUCUUUCAAGUGCUUCACGAGUGAUUCGACAAAUUUGAUUUGAGUCUUUAAAGAACAGAAAAGAAAAGGUAAAUAAUUGAUCAUUUUUGAACUUCAAUCUCAUCUGGGGUUUGGUCUUUCUUUCUUAAUUUCUUACUCUUUUUUUUUUUUUUUUUUUUUGGGAAUGGUGAUGAGAAAUAUUAGUAGUGUGAUUUUCCUGAUAUUAUGUGGCUGCUUUUAGGAUCAGAAAAAUGCUAAAUGUACGUAGCAUUUGGACGUCUUUUAGUUUGUAACUUCAU